AAUUCCUGCAAUGCUGCUCCUCACUUUACCAAUUGCACAAUAUUUCUGCCUUCUCGAACAGAAGAGUUACAAGAGGUUUCAUUGAAAAUGUACUCACAACUGGAUCCAAAAAUAACUGAUGAGGCAAGAAAUUUUGGAUUUAAGGCUGUAAAAGAUGAUUUUGUUGCAAACUUUUUAAAAGCAACUCUUCCGGAAAAAAGGUUACGUAAAGGGGAGAUAGAAAAUCUUGAAUACUUUAAACAAAACCUAGAUAACAAGCCUAUAAAGAAAAGGAAACUUAAGGAAUCCAAAAGAAAGAGUCUUACAUCUCGAGAGCGAAGAAAACUGAAGUUGUUUGACAUUCCAAAGGAAGGACAUAAAUUUGAAACCUAUCUACCUAUGCAUGAUCUAUGGAAAGAGUACAUGAAACAAACUUUGGGGUUGACAGAUAAGAGCAAGCCAUUUGAUCAGUAUAACUGUGAAAGCAUCCUUAAAGCGGACUUUCAUGGAUGUUUCCUAACAGUUUCCAAGUCCUGUUGUCCAUCUUAUAUUGGUGCUACUGGGAUUGUUAUCAUGGAAACCAAGAAUACAUUUAAAUUUAUUACCAAACAGGAUCAAGUAAAGUGCAUCCCAAAGAAAGGCAGCGUUUUCAUGUUUGAAAUUGAUGGACAUUACAUCACACUAUAUGGCAACAAUUUCUGUUGUCAGCCAGUUUUAAGAUCUACACAUAAAUUCAAGCCAAAGAAAUAUGUUGCAAUAUGAAAAUUAAUAAAUGUAAUCUCACAU